UAUGAAUAGAUGAGUUAAAAUCACUGGAGGAAAAAGAUAAAAUAAAAUCAGUGUCCAGGUGAGUUGCAGUUGCCGUUUGGUGGCGUAAUUUGGCAGACUAACCGCCGCGCCCAGCUUUAAACGAACGUCGCCGUCUGCCGGAAUAGUGAGCUCCACUCGCCGGCGUUAUUUGGGGCCAGGCUUAUCAUUAUCUGGAAAAUAAACAUGAUCACUACGAUUAAUGAGCAGCAGAAAAGUGGAUCAGCUCUGUUGGUGGGAAGCCCUCGAUCCCCAUCGUCGCAAUCUCCGUACUUAAUGGUAUCCGUGUCAGAUCCAGCUAAAAUGGGCAACGGAGUUCAGGCUUAUAUCUCGUACAAAGUUACCACCAAGACAAAUUUCCCUGAAUAUGAUGGCCCUGAGAAAAUUGUUAUUCGACGGUACAGUGAUUUUGUUUGGUUAAGAGAUCGUCUUUUUGAAAAGUACAAGGGUGUCUUCAUUCCUCCUCUUCCAGAGAAGAACACCGUAGAGAAGUUCAGAUUUGGUGCCGAAUUCAUUGAGAUGAGGCGUCAAGCAUUGGAUGUGUUUGUUAACCGGGUAGCUUUACAUCAUGAGCUUCAGCAGAGCGAGGAUUUAAGAAUCUUUUUGCAGGCUGAUGAGCAGACAAUGGAAAGAGCAAGAUCCCAGGAAACUGGUAUUUUCUUGAAGAAGCCGGCAGACUUAAUGCAAAUUUUCAAGGGUGUACAAUCCAAAGUGAGUGAUGUUGUUCUUGGAAAGGAGAAACCAGCUGAAGAAUCAGAUCCAGAAUAUGAGAAGCUGAAGAAUUACAUUUUUCAGCUUGAAGAUCAUCUAGCUGAAGCCCAGAAGCAUGCUCACCGUCUUGUCAAGAGACACAGGGAGUUGGGACAAUCUUUAUCAGACUUCGGUAAGGCUGUUAAGCUGCUAGGAAACUGUGAGGAAAAUCCUCUUGGGAAUGCAUUUUCUGACCUUGGUACAAAAUCAGAGAUAUUGUCUACCAAGCUGCAGAGAGAGGCUCACCACCUCUUGAUGAAUUUUGAAGAACCUUUAAAAGAUUAUAUUCGGGCAGUGCAGUCUAUAAAGGCAACGAUAGCAGAGAGGGCAAAUGCAUUCAGGCAGAAUUGUGAACUGGCUGAAGCAAUCAAAUUUAAGGAAAUAGAUAUGAACAAGCUCAGAAUAACUCGGUCAGAAAAAUUGGGUGAAGCCCAGCAUGAAUACGAGGAGCUAAAAGCUGAUGGCGCAGAGGCAACAAGAAGAUUUGAGAAAAUUGUCAAGCUAAUGAAUGAAGAGAUUAUUCGAUUUCAAGAACAAAAAACACUAGAUAUGGGUCUGGCUUUUCAUGAAUUCGCCAAGGGUCAGGCAGACCUAGCAAAUGGUAUAGCGUGCGCCUGGCGAAGCCUUCUUCCCAAGCUUGAAGCUUGCUCCUCCUAAUAAAAUGGCGAAUCAGUAUAGAUGCUUCAUCUGUGAAGUUACCCAUGCACGGCUCAUAUUUGUGUCCAAAUUCAGGCAGAUUUUGACAUUGUAUACUGUACAGAUCCAGAGCAAAUGACAAGGGACUCAAUCGAACUUUUCCUUCAAUUUUUUGAUGAAUAAGAUACUUAUCAAGAUUUCCUUUUUUUUUUUA